AUGUUUCCAACCGGCUACACCAUGACCCUGCCCAUCAGAUACGAAGUGAAGAUGAAUGGCUGGAACACCCCGCCCGAAUACCUGAGUUACGUGGACGAACACUGGCUCAAGUUCGAAGCUCCGAAUCCCAUGAUGCACCACCUCCUCGGCGUUCUCUAUAUUUUCCUCACCUUCUGCUCCUGCGUCGGGAACGGCUGCGUCAUCUGGAUCUUUUUGACAUCGAAGAGCCUGCGCACCCCUUCCAACAUGCUGAUCGUGAACCUAGCUCUGGCGGACUUUGUGAUGAUGCUGAAGACGCCCGUUUUCAUCAUUAACUCGUUCAACGAAGGACCUGUCAUGGGAAGACUCGGCUGCCAGAUCUAUGGGCUGAUGGGCGCCUACACGGGACCUGGAGCCGCCUGCACUAACGCCGCGAUUGCCUUCGAUCGGUACAGGACCAUCACCAACCCCCUGGAAGGACGCCUGACCAGCGGCCAGGUGACGGCCAUCCUGUUCUUCAUCUACGCCUGGAUCACGCCCUGGGUCCUUAUGCCCUUCCUCGAGAUCUGGAACCGAUUUGUCCCCGACUUGGACGUGGACGUGGACGUAGACACGGACACAGACCCAAAUACAGAUAAGCACAGACAUAAAAACGCCAGCAAGAUGAACGUGGAUUCCCUGCGAUCCGGCGACAAGACCAACAUGAGGCAGGAGGUACGUGUAGCCAAGGUCGGGGCCACUCUCACGUCGCUCUUCCUUAUCUCGUGGACGCCCUAUGCCGUGGUCGCCUUCACCUGCACCUUCGGGAGGCCGGAUCUGGUGACGCCCUUCGUGUCUAUGAUUCCUGCCUGUACCAGCAAGACUGCGGCUUGUAUCGACCCCUUCGUCUACGCCAUCAACCAUCCCAAGUACCGCAUCGAACUCGGCAAGAAGAUGCCUUGGUUCUGUGUCCACGAGAAGGAGGAGACCAGCGCACCAUCCGAAACUGUCUCCAAGGAAGCACCUGCUAAUGCCUAA